AUGCGGCACGGCAACAGGCUGGCCCGCCUCGGCCGCCCCGCAGACCAGCGCAAGGCGCUCAUCCGCGGCCUGGUCACCGAGGUGCUGCGCCACGGCAAGAUUGAGACCACAAAGACGCGCGCCAAGGCCAUCCGCAAGUUUGUGGACAAGAUGAUUGGGCUGGCCAAGGACGGCAGCCUGCACGCGCGGCGGCAGGCGCUGGGCUUCAUCUACGACCCGGAGCUGGUCAAGAGCCUGUUUGAGCAGGUGCCCACGCGCUACGGCGAGCGCAACGGCGGGUACUGCAGGGUGCAGGCCGUGGUGCAGCCCCGCCGCGGCGACAACACCGAGAUGGCCACCAUCGAGCUGGUGUAGCUGCAUGUAGGAGAGCCGGCCCGGCAGCUGCACACAGCACAUCACCCAGUUUUUAGUUCUCCCCAACUUCUGUAAUGUACACCCCAAUUGGAAUUGCAAUCAUUGGAACAUC